AUGUCGAUCCAAACCGGUCUGGCUCAGGACACUGAGCAGCUUGAUGAGAAAAUCAUGACCCUUUCUCAGGAGGCUGUCAUGUUUGCUGAUGCCGCGGAUAAGGCGGCCCAGCGUGGCCGUGAGCGUCUUGAGGAAAUGAAACGCAUUAUCCGCAUGGCUGAUCAGAAUCGAUACAAGGAGCUAGUUCUCGAGGCAGAGAUGGAAGCCCAAAUCGCUGAGGCUAAAGCAAAGAUUGCUCGCAUCGCUGCAGACCGCGCUGUCAAACGUGCCAAAGCCAAUAAGCGCGUUGCGGUUGCUCACGCCAACCGUCGCGAUCGCCCCAAACGCAAGGAGGCGGCCACCACGAAGGUCUGCGAAUACUGCAACCGGGCGUUCACUCGCAAUGACGAAUGCCGCCGACACUUGCGCGACAAGGAAUACCCCAAGUACUUUCCGCACAUCACAGACAAUGAAGAGAGAAUACUUCUCGCUUGCAUCGAUGCUCCUUGA